AAAUUAUUGCAAUCACUUACAGCGAUUGAGGAAGGUAGCCAUAGAUUGUACGUUUUGUUAAUUUUGUCCCAGAGCUUAGACCUUGAGUCUGUAUCUGCCGCAUCUUGCUUCGCGUCUCUCGUGUGUGCUUAAUGUCCGCGGUUUGAGUUAAGGUUUUGUUGUUGCGGAGAAAGUGUCGGUUUAGGGGUUUAGGUGUGCGUGUUGGUGAAGAUUAGAACUUGGGGGUAACAAGUAGGUCUCGAUUUUGGAUAAUGUAGGGGUAGUUUCGUAUGCGAAUGCAAAUUGAGAAGCAGUCGUGUUAGUUUCACGAUGUUGUUACCGUCUUUGGAUUUGCGAAUGCUUCGCUGCGGUGGUCAUUUGGCAUUCUAACAGCAGUGUCGUUGCCGCCAGGAUGCUUGUCAGCCGGAUCGCCACUUUUUUUUCUUCUUCCAGGAUCCCUUCAUUCUCAUUUCUCGCCAACGGUCUGCAUCUUCCUCUGCGGCUCUUAUCUUCCGCCCCUGGCUCUCUCCACAAACCUCGUAUUCGGAAAAAAGAUCGAUUACAGCGCGACGUGACACUCCUUUCCAAAAUCCUUCGCUCUAAAGCCACUUGGGGUGCCACUACUGCUAAGCGCCUUAAACAGUCCGGCGUCGAGCUUACCCCUUUCCAUGUCUGCGAGGUUUUACGCCUUCAUCGUCAGCCUGUUGACUCCGCGUGGCGCUUCUUUAAAUGGGCUCAACAGCAGAAGCGCUGCAAGCAUGGCCUUUUCAUGUACUCCACAAUGCUUCGCCUCCUCGGCGAUGCCCGCCGCUUCGACUACCUCUGGGCCUUGUUGGAUGAUAUGAAGCGUGAUGGCCAUCGAGUUACUCCUACCAUUUUCUUGGGCGUCAUUCGCAGCUACGUCAAAGCGAAUCAGAUUGAGGAUUCUCUCAAGACUUUUCACGCCAUGGACAAGUAUGACUGCAAACCUACAACCCUCGUUUACAACUCCAUGAUCGAUAUUCUGAGAACGUCGGGUGAUUAUGUCCAGGCAGAGAAAUUGUUCAGGAGUAUGAAUCCUUCAUCAUGUGCUCCUGAUACUAUCACCUACACCAUGAUGAUAGACUGUAUGGGGAAGGCUGGGCAUAUACAAGCAGCGUUCGAUCUUUUUCAGGAAAUGCAUAGAAUGGGUUAUAAAGCUAACGUUAUCACAUACUCAAGCUUGAUAAGAUCUCUAUGCAAGGCAGGUCGAAUUUCAGAGGCGUGCAAUUUGUUGUCGGGAAUGAGAAUCAAUGGCUGCAACCCGAACGAUGUGACCUACAAUGGACUCAUUGUUGGUCUAGGUGGAGCUGGUCAGGCGGAUCUUGUCUGUUCCUACUAUAAAGAGAUGAAAUCGUUUGGUUUGAUUCCAAAUCUGCCAACUCAAGCAGUAGUAAUUUCUAGUCUUGUGAGGAUUGGCAAGCUUAGUGAAGCGCAUAGCUUGUUCCAAACGGCGGCUUUAAAGAGCAGUACGUUCGACUUUGAUGUGAUGAAGUCAGUUGUUGGCAGCCUUUGCAAAUCUAAUCGAUGUGAGGUGGGGUUUAAGUUUUUUCAAGAUGCCAAAAAGAGUGGCUAUGUGCCUUCCUCCGGGGCUUGCAGUGUGUUGAUAUAUUCUCUUUCCAAGGUCGGAAUGGUGGCGGAGGCAUUAUGUGUCUACGGCGAGUCGACACGCGGUGGUGUUUCUCCUGAUCUUAUGGCGCUUAAUGCAUUAACCAAUAGUCUUGUGAAGGAGGAGAAACUUGAAGCUGCGAUUGAUGUCGUUCGCUUUAUAAAUAAACAUAGGAUUGGUGACGAUGCAUAUGCUCAUGAAAGGCUUGUGGAUCUUUUGUGCAAGACGCAUCGAUUUGAAGAUGUCCAUCAGGUGAUCAGCCAGGAGUUACCAAAGCAGGGUUUUGCACCAAAUGUCCAUCUAUACAAUAAACUGAUCUACCAAUUAGGGGAAGCUGGACGCAUAAACGAUGCUUUGAAGACAUUUGAAAGAAUGUGUUCUGAGAGUUGUUAUCCUGAUACAAGGACCUACAAUGUUGUCAUCAAUCUCCUUGGUGGCGUUGGGAAAGUCGAUUUGGCGCAUCAGCUGUUUGAGCAGAUGAAAGAGAAGGGUUGUAAACCUAAUCUUCAGACCUAUAAUAUCAUGGUUGGUCAUCUAGUACGAGCCGGUCGGUAUCAAUUGGGUCCUAAAUUAUGUCGGGAGAUGGUAGCAAAUCAUAUUGAGCCUCGUGAGGGCGCUUUGAAAAUUCUUCAGUUUCAUGAAAAGGCUUCUGGAGGUCACGAUGAACUUGCCAUGACUUGCAUGGACAUACUGAAGGGAGAUGGAUCAGCAUUGAUGGUGAAUGAUGCUUAAUAUGACUUUGGGCCUUAGGAGUAAGUAUGCAGACAUUGUGGUAACCAUAUUCGUGCGCUUCACUGGGAGUGGUUGAUGAAACCCAAUAUCUGUGCAAUACGGAGCCUUUUUCGCUGCUUGUUGAGUAGGGAAAUGCUUGCAGUGCUCUAUAACAUGAUUGGAUUUCAGUUCAAAAUUUAAAUGCUUAGCACACUUAGUCGUGCUAUUAGGAAGUUGAGAUACUUUGGAAGCUUCGAAGUCUUUUGUGCCAUCUGUAGAUUUGAAAUGUGACAUUGUAUAACGCUAACCCGGCGGGCCUGAAAUUUGACUCUGCCGUGGUCUGCUUUCUUGUAAUUGCACCUAUUUAUUGUUAAUUGAAAGUUCACUGUUCUAGUAAA